ACUAGUGCGAUCGGUGUUCAGGACGAAAGCAGACAAAGACACAUCACGGUUAUUUCAUUGUCACUAUGUUUUACGCGUACGUGAUUUACCUUGAUGGCGCAAAGGCUAUCGUAAGCGUAAACUGCAUUAAGAAAUUCAAGCCAGCGAGUGUGGAGGAUUUCGACCCCGACGCUCUGAAGAGCGUGUAUUGGAAGGCCACUGGAGCGUGCGCCGGGGAAGGCUACUACAAAGCUAAAAUCCAGAUGCUUUGCGAGACACGGGACGACCUGAUAGCAGCCCUUAAGAAGAAGCACAUGGCGAUCCCCAUGAUUCUGAAUUCCAAGUUCGAGGUAUAUGUGCGCCUUAGGCUGUUUUAUUACCUCGUUCUUCUAUUCUGUUCAGAACCAGGGGCCUUAUGUUGGUAUUUUAUUGAAAUGUCGCCGCCCUCUGCGGUGGGCAGCGAGGGUGAAAGCAAGAAGAAGAGGAAGACAGAGGACGGGACGUCCGGUGUAUCGCUCGUGGACCACGCCCGACUCGUGGAGAAACUAAAGACAGCCAAGCAGAGGGUUGUGAACCUGGAGCAGGAGCUCCAGAUUGAGAGGGCAUUGUCACGAAGACUGCAGGAGCAGCUGCUGGCACUGCUGGGGGAGAAUGCCCCUCCUGGCGGUGUUGGGCCAGCUCCUCCAGCUUGCCCAGCAGCAGUUCCUGCUGCCGGUGCUCCUGCUCCAGUUCACAUGCGAGCUGGUGUGGCUCAUGCUCCACCCAUGCCGGCCGCUGAUGUUGCUGCUCCAGCAGCGGACCAUGUGGCAGGCCCACCGGAGGCACCUCCCCAGUGUGUAGCAGUGCUUGGAGAGGUCAAUGGCGAGGUUCACCUUGGCCAUGGUGUUCUAGUGGAAAAGGAGAAGCUUUCAUACAUCAUGGGAGCCCGGGGGGACUCCAUGUUCAUCAAGGAGGCGACCAAGCUGGUCUUCGGCCGGGAAAACUUGAAUGGCCGAAGUACGACUGGGGUGCCAUGCCGGCGCUUUAAGGGCGCCGUGGCCAAGAGGGCGCUGACACCGGCCAAGUUGGGAGCAGUCCGGAAUGCCUUCAACGAGUACAUCCGGAGACAUCCACGGGAGGCAUCUCCGGGGAAGAGGGCAGCCCAGAUGAACCACUAUGUGCGGGAGCUGCUGCAGGAUAUUAACAAGAAGCUUGACUUCUAGGCUUGCUUAGAGGUCAAGCUUCUUGUUGAUUUUCUGCAGUAUGCCAAUU